GGCGCAGGCGGUGGGGCGGAGUGUGGGAGAGCGCGCUCGGAGGAAAGCACACAGCGCGGCGAACGCGUGGCGGGAGUGCGGCGCCGGGUCCGAGGGCGGGCCUUUGUUCUGCCGUGUCCAGGCGGGCCUUGCAGGGCCGGGACUGAGGACUCAGCCCGCCGGGGGCGGGGCGGGAAAGGAGGGAUCCAGGCCCGCGGUUGAUGCGCAAGUCUCCGUCCCCAUCGCCCGGACGCGGAUUAGGAGCCGCUCAGGCGCCAGAUGGCGGCUGCAGAGGCUGUGCACCACAUACACCUGCAGAACUUCUCACGCUCUCUGCUGGAGACCCUCAAUGGGCAGAGGCUGGGUGGGCACUUCUGCGAUGUGACUGUGCGCAUUCGUGAAGCUUCGCUCCGUGCCCACCGCUGCGUACUGGCAGCGGGCUCGCCCUUCUUCCAAGACAAGCUGCUGCUGGGCCACUCAGAGAUCCGUGUGCCUCCGGUGGUGCCCGCGCAGACGGUGCGACAGCUAGUCGAGUUCUUGUACAGCGGUUCGCUUGUUGUGGCACAGGGUGAAGCUCUGCAGGUGCUAACGGCUGCAUCGGUGCUUCGCAUACAGACCGUGAUCGACGAAUGCACGCAAAUUAUCGCACGCGCUCGAGCCCCGGGCACCUCUGCACCCGCGCCCCUCCCCACACCUGUGCCCCCGCCACUCGCACCUGCGCAGCUUCGUCACCGCCUGCGCCACCUGCUGGCUGCGCGUCCCCCGGGGCAUCCUGGUGUCGCGCACAGCCGUAAGCAGCGCCAGCCAGCGCGUUUGCAGCUGCCUGCUCCCCCGACACCUGCCAAGGCCGAAGGGCCUGAUGCUGACACCUCACUGUCCGCGGCCCCUGACGACCGAGGUGAUGACGAUGACGAGGAAACUGACGAUGAGACCGAUGGCGAGGACGGCGAAGGUGGCGGCCCGGGUGAGGGCCAGGCACCUCCUUCCUUCCCAGACUGUGCUGCCAGCUUCCUCACUGCUGCUGCUGACAGCGCGUGUGAGGAGCCCCCUGCACCCACUGGCCUAGCUGACUACAGUGGUGCUGGGAGGGAUUUUCUUCGGGGAGCUGGGGCAGCUGAAGAUGUAUUUCCAGACAGCUAUGUAUCCACUUGGCAUGAAGAGGAUGGCGCUGUCCCUGAAGGCUGUCCAACCGAGACCCCUGUCCAGCCCGACUGCAUACUGGCUGGACCCCGCCCACCUGGUGUGAAGACCCCAGGGCCACCCGUCGCACUCUUUCCCUUUCACUUGGGUGCUCCUGGGCCACCUGCACCACCCCCUUCAGCACCAUCGGGGCCAGCCCCUGCGCCCCCACCCACCUUCUACUCCACACUCCAGCCGGAGGCAGCACCCAGCACUCAGCUGGGGGAGGCCCCAGCUCCCUCUGCUGCUCCCACCACAGCCCCCUCAGGCACCCCUGUUCGCACCCCAGGUGCCGAGCCACCUGCCUAUGAGUGCAGCCACUGUCGAAAGACGUUCAGCUCCCGGAAAAACUACACCAAGCACAUGUUCAUCCACUCGGGGGAGAAGCCGCACCAGUGCGCCGUGUGCUGGCGAUCGUUCUCGCUGCGUGAUUACCUGCUCAAGCACAUGGUCACGCACACCGGCGUGCGCGCCUUCCAGUGCGCCGUCUGCGCCAAACGUUUCACGCAGAAGAGCUCGCUCAACGUGCACAUGCGCACUCACCGGCCAGAGCGCGCACCCUGCCCUGCCUGCGGCAAGGUCUUCUCGCACCGCGCACUGCUGGAGCGCCACCUGGCCGCACACCCUGCGCCUUGAUGGGGCUGGGCCUGUCCUCGCCCACGGUGGAUCCGCGGCCUCCGGCACAAUCGCCCACGCCUGCUGCGGGACGCGUGGUUCCCGCCACUAGGCCACGCUCCCUUCUGAACCCAGAUCGUCUUUCUCCCUUCACCCCUUUCUCCAUACCAGGGCCCAAGUCUGCCUUACUCCUCUCCACGUACUUGAACCUUCCAGGUGGUGCCGGGCUGGAACUGGGACUGGUUAGGUACCAAACCACCUCUGAGAACUAGCCCAUUUUCAGCCUAAACCAGUCCCUCAGGCCCUUGGACCCGGCCCAAGAUUUGACUCCCGGUUCUCGCCCCGCCCUCUUCUGGGUGGGGUUGGGGCUGAGUCGAGGGCCCUGCCCCACUGUUGGGCUGGGUGAGGUCCCUGGCUCCGUACUCAAGCUAUCACUCCCUCAUGGGGCACCUAAGGAGGAUCAAGUGGACCCAUCAUAUAUGAAGGCUGGGCCUCGGGACCCUGACUCAAAUAAAGGACUGUAGGCCAUGGGGCCUAAACCACGAA